AUGGCACUCUUGGAGCUGUGCGAGGAAGUGUUCGGGACCGCUGACCUCUACCAGGUGCUGGGCGUGCGGCGCGAGGCCUCGGACGGCGAGGUCCGACGCGGCUACCACAAGGUGUCCCUGCAGGUGCACCCGGACCGGGUGGGCGAGAGCGACAAGGAGGACGCCACCCGCCGCUUUCAGAUCCUGGGGCGAGUCUAUUCCGUUCUGAGUGACAAAGAGCAGAGAGCGGUGUACGAUGAGCAGGGGACAGUGGACGAGGACGCGACUGUGCUCAACCAAGACCGGGACUGGGAGGCGUAUUGGAGGUUACUCUUCAAAAAGAUAUCUCUAGAGGACAUUCAAGCUUUUGAAAAGACAUACAAAGGUUCUGAAGAAGAGCUGGCCGAUAUCAAACAGGCCUAUCUGGACUUCAAGGGCGAUAUGGAUCAGAUCAUGGAGUCUGUGCUUUGUGUGCAAUACACGGAGGAACCCAGGAUAAGGAACAUCAUUCAGCAAGCUAUUGAUGCCAGAGAGGUCCCAUCCUACAAGGCCUUUGUCAAAGAAUCGAAGCAAAAGAUGAACGCGAGGAAAAGAAGGGCUCAGGAAGAAGCUAAAGAAGCAGAAGUGAGCAGGAAGGAACUGGGGCUUGAUGAAGGAGUGGAUAACUUGAAAGCACUCAUUCAGCUUUGGGUACAAAUUUUAUUGUCCAGAGGAAUGGAUUCACUUAAGCUGAAAGAAGAUAGUAACUGGAGAUAGAAACGAUACCCAUGUAAUCUUUGGCAGACAGUCUAUUGUGUUUUUCUCAGUCUUAAAUAGCUCUUCAUGAAGAUGAUUUCAAGUUGAUCUUGUACAUAAGCUCUGCAUCACCUGGUGACUCAACACUGAUUGGUGUAAUCUUCCCAUGUGUUUUCUGCAGCCUGAUAGGUUCUUCUCAUUUGCCCUAUGGUCCCUGCCUGGUUCUAGAGACUGGUCCACCUCUGCUUUGAGAUUUUGUAGAUUCGUGUAACUGAGGACCUGUCAGACACAAAUGACAUCAUAGAGUAACGUUAGUAGACAUUCUAGAUCUGAUAUUUAAGCUCAAAUUGUAGCUCAGGGUCUUUUUGCUCCAUUUAGCACUGGACUUUAAACCUGGAGAAUAGGACUGAGUAGGAAAGUUUUGUUUAUCAAGAUAACAAAAAUCAUGUUUACAAAUUUUAUCCUGUAAAAUUUUUUUCAAGACUCCAAUUUUUGAGUUAAAAAAAGCAGUAACCUAGUUUUGCUGAAGAUCAGCCCACAAACCAAAAAAGGACUGAGAUACCUGUUUCCCUACCCUAAGUGUUAGAUUUGACUGUCAGUGUGGCAGAAUGUAAUCACUGUAGCCCAGAGGCUGCACUGCUUCUAGAAAGUGUUGAAAGCAUUCAGACUACCAAACUGUUCAAACUAGCAACUGAACUAGGAGAAAUCCCCUGGACAACAAGGAUGAUUUGAGGUGUUUUUUACUGUAUUUACCGAACAAGUACUUCUGUAUUUCACCUACAACAGAAUGAGAAAUGACCAUGAUGGUGGUGAGAAAACAUCAUAGGAAAAAUUAAGACAUCCUGAAAUUUUCCCCAUCACUUUGUUAAUAUGAGAGCCUUCCAAAAAAUUAUGGAAAAUGUGCAUUAUGAAAAGGACACUCUGCAGAAUAUAAUUUUAGAGUUUAAAGUUAAUGGGAUAGUCAUAUUCUUAUCCUGAUGUUUUAAAAAUUAUUCUCUUUGGCCUGUUUAACAGGCUGAGGAAAUCAUUUUAGUCCAUAAGAAAAGAGAUUUUGCCUACAUAAUAAUAGAAAAAGCAUGCCCUGUUUUUAAAGAACAUUUUGAAUGUUACAAAAAUGACUUAUUUGACUCAAUUUUUUUAGUUUUGUUUUUUUUUUUUUUAAGUCAUUUAAUGGUGCGGUGGGAUUAAUUUACAAAGCAUGAAGAAAAUAGAAAUCUGGAACUUUGCUUCCAAACAACAGAACUCUUUCAGUAUACCCCCAUCUUCCAACAUGAAUUUGAGGUGAUAUAAAGAUGUAGAAAAACAAAAGAAAAUCUGGAGGAAGAAAAAAUGUAGGGAAAAAAAGAAAGAAAACACAGGGUCUUAACAUAGCCCCACCUGUACCUGCAAAUCCCCUACCAGGUCGGGCCUUAUGAGGAUACUCAAUUGCAAAUGAACGACCAUACUGGGAGUCUGGCUGAAAGAGAAAAGAUGAAACAUUUCUUAAAAUGCAGCUUCCCCUAAAGAAUACACUUGAGCUGGCUGACAAGGGAAAAGCUUGCAACUGAUAAUCUUGGAAAAGGCACCAUCUGGCAACCUAAGUAUGCGAUACCAACUUCCAGGCAGAAGAUUCAAAGCCAGAUACCCAUAAUGCUGUUUAUUAAGUUGGUAAAAAUUAGAUUCGACAAUUAUAUUUCCAUGCCUUUAUGAGAAUCCUAGCAUUUGUAAAUAAUCCACAUGGUUUACUAUUUCAGUUAGCAUCCAAGAGAGUUUUAUCUGAUUCUGUUGCCUGCUAACUUUUUAAAACAGGAACAGCCAUUUCAGCAUCAUAGAAAUACCUAUGGCUUUACCACCAUAUUGAAAUUUAACUACAUUUUUUAGCUUAGUGAAACAUUUCAGAACUACCUCAAGAGAUUUAAAAAUGUAAAGACAGGACUAUAAUACUAAAAUGCAAGUAUCUAAAACAUAAAUGCCAUCCUGGGGCUUCUGGUAUACAAACCACCUCACAGUUCCCUGCCAGCACUGGAACUGACAGAUUAAGGAAUUGGGUGGACUAAAGUCCGCAUAUUCUAGAGAUCGGGUCAGCAAACCUGGUUUUUGUGAAGAGCCAGAUAGUUGAUAUCUUGGGCAUUGUGGGCCGAAUGGUGUUGCGGCAGUUACUCAGCAUUGCAGUUGUAGUGCAAAAGCAGUCAUAGACAAACUCCCUUCACAAAAACGGGCAGUAGGCCGAAUGACCUAUGAACUGUGGUUUACUGACCCCUGCUUCAGAUGAAGACGCUAAGGGAACAGAAUGCAUUCUGGCAGCACCAAGCCUAGGACUCAGAAUUAACACUCAUAAUUACAUCAAGCUUCUUGCUCAUCUUCCUUUUUACAACAGCAAAUGGGAAAACAAAUGGCUGAGGUAAGUAGUUUUCACUUUGUUGUAGACUUAUGAAGAGGAGAAAUGGAAAUGUUUUCAUGUUUUAUUAAAGCAAUCAAAAUUUAAAUUUUUAAAGAAAAAAUAUAGCCGGAUAUCAUCAACAAAUACUAAACACUUGUUAACCUGUAUCAGAUUAUGAGAAGAUAUUCAAUAGAGGUUCUCAGACUUUCUGAUGUAAACUUUGAACCUCAAGUAUUGGAAGUGCUCACAUCUCCUUUUUGCCUUUGUUUUUGGUGAAUUUUCCUCUGAAGUAUCAUGAGGUAUACUGGGUUGAAUAGUCCCCCAUGUCUGGGCCACCCAAAAAUUCAUGUCCACUUGGAGCUUGUGAAUGUGACCGUAUUUGGAAAUAGAGUCCGAGCAGAUGUAAUCAAGGUAAGGUGAAGUCACCAGAUUAGAGGGGGCUCUGCAUCAAUGCUGGCAUCUUUCUAAGAAGAGGGAAUCUUGGACACAGACCACAGGGAAGAAGGCCACUGUAAAGACAGAGUGGUGCAGGUGCAAGCCAAGGAACGCUAAGGACUGCUGGGAGAAGUUUUUCCCCUACAGCCUGCAGAGGGAACAUGGCUCUGCUGACACUUCGAUUUUGGACUUGUAGCCUCUGGAACAAAGAAUAAAUUUCUGUGUUUUAAGCCACCCAGUUUGUGGUCAUUUGUUACAGCAGCCCUUAGAAACUAAUCCAAAAUCCUGUCCUUCAUUCUCACUACUCUUCACACACUUGAUCUUAGACAAAAGGCCGAGAAGUGAUCUCUCACUACUCCUCUAGUAGAAGAAAGGCUGUACAAUGCUUCAGACUUUUAGGUUCAAGGGUCAUGGGUUGGGAUAAGUGGGCUGUGUGCACUACUACCCUGGAAACUGGUGCAGGAUGUGGGGCCUCUGGUUACUGGGCAUAAAGUAUUGGCUCCAGUCUUUCCAGGCUCUCCAAGCCCUCUUGGCACAAAGAAGAUGAGGGUGAGGUGCUACUGGCCUACAAAAGGACAAGGUCAGACCCCCAGUUUCCUAUUGCUUGCUUAAAAGUAAGAGGGCUAGUGAAUGCAGCAUAAAUGGUGAGGCAAUGUGUCAGUAUUUAAAACCACUGUGGGGGGAAAAAAAUCCUAACUUGUGCAUCAGUCUGCAGUCUGAUAGAACUGAUCUCAAACCUCAGUUUUUAUCCUUGGAGUUAAGCUACUUGAUAAAAACCUUAAUUCUGGCUGGCGCUGCAGCUCACUAAUCCUCCGCCUGUGGCGCUGGCACCCCGGGUUCUAGUCCCGGUCAGGGUGCUGGAUUCUGUCCCGGUUGCUCCUCUUCCAGUCCAGUUCUCUGCUGUGGCCUGGGAGGGCAGUGGAGGAUGGCCCAAGUGCUUGGGCCCUGCACCCACAUGGGAGACCAGGAAGAAGCACCUGGCUCCUGGCUUCGGAUUGGCGCAGUGCACCGGCAGUAGUGGCCACUUAGGGGGUGAACCAACGGAAGGAAAACCUUUCUCUCUGUCUCUCUUACUUAAUUCUACCAAGCUAGUACUUCUUUCCCCCAUUUCUUUCCUCAGUAAUUAAGAGCAUAAAGGAAGGGCCAGCAUUGUGGUGUAGCAGGUUAAGCUGCCACCUGUGAUGUGGCAUCCUAUAAUGGGUGGUAGUUUGAAACCUGCCUGCACUGCUUUUCACCCAGCUCCCUGCUACUGCACAUGGGAAAGCACUGGAAGAUGGCACAAUUCCUUGGACCCCUACACCCAUUUAGGAGACCUGGAAGAAGCUCUGGGCCCCUGGCUUUAGCCUGGCCCAGCCCUGGCCAUUGUGGCCAUUUGGGGAGUGAACCAGUGGGUAAAUGAUCCCUCUGUAACUCUGCCUUUUAAAUUGUUUAAAAUCUUUUAAAAAUAAAACAAAACAGGAAGUACAUGACUGUACCAGAAAUGACUGAGUUGUGUUGGGCCUGGAGAAGUAGUCAGGUAAAAGGAGCCUCUCUUGAGGCUGCUGAUUAGGCUCAUCCACCACUGCACUUCGAGCUCGAUUUGAAUCGCCGUGCGGUUUCUGCAGAGGAGACAAGAAUUACAGAAACAGUUGAAGGGUGGGUGUUUGCCAUAGCAGUUAAGGUGGCAUUCGGGAUGCCUACAUCUGUGUCCAAGUGCCUGGGUUCAAGUCCUAUUUCCACUAAUGAUUCCAGCUUCCUGCUAAGGCACACACCAGGAGGCAGUAACUGUUGGGACCCAGGUAGGAAACUUGAGUUUUGGGCUUUAGUCUGGCCCAGCCCUGGCUGUUUAGGGAAUUUGGGAAGCAUUUAAAAGCUGGAACAAUUUGUAGUGGGAGCUGCACAUGUUCUAUAUCAGCCCUACAAAGUGUGGUUAGUACAGGCCAAGGCACUCUUAAUUCUGUCACAAUUAGAAUUCAGUUUGUACUUUUAACAGAUCAUGGUAUAACUCAAGACUAGAGCACAAAGCCUGUGGAUCCCUGCCAAUGAGGCUUUCCUAAGAAGCAAGUGAAGGGCAGUAUGAGCGACCUACCAUUUGCCUUUGUGGCCCCACAGCACUCAGAUGUUCCACUUCAGCUGUGCCAAUAGGUGGCAGCAGAUUAUUUCGACUCAGGGGCAAUGGUGAGGGAGACAGCGAAUCGGCUGCGACUGGGCUGCAGAUCCCACCAGCAAACACACACCAGGAUGUGGAAGCGUGAAGAUGUACCAAUAUAAGCAAAUUGAUUAGAAACCAGAUAAAUGAGGCACAUAAGUUUAGUAUGCAAAGAAAGCUAAAUUUUGAUUCCUUUUCAUGGGAUUUUGAGCAGCUUACAGUAUCACACAUAAUCAAGACUAUAAUUGAAACCGAAUACCAUCAUGUCCCAGAAGUAACAAAACUUAUGUUUCAACUUUGAAAACAAAGUAUUAUCAGAGAGGAUAAGAGAGUAAUUAAAUCAAGGCCACUCAUCCCCAAAUGAAUGAAUCUGUAGCUCAGCUUAGAUACAGAUAUAUCCAUACUUUGAAAUAGUUAAGCAGGUAAGGAGAACACUGAUGGCCUGAGAGAGGUUGGUGGUGGUUUUCUACAUCAUUUUCGCUAAGCCUGUUGGAAUAAAUUGUAACAAGAAGUUGAAAAACCAAAAUUAAGAAAUAACUGGCUGGCCUUGUGGUGCAGUGGGUUAAGCCACAGCUUGCAAUGCCUGCAUCCCAUAUCCCCAGUGCCAGUUGGCUUUUGGCUGCCCUGUUUCCAAUGCAGCUCCCAGCUAAUGUGCCUGGAAAGACAGCAGAGGAUGGGGCCUUUGCCACCCAUGUGGGAGAUUCAGGUGGAGUUCUGGGCUCCCGGCUUCAGCUCAGACCAGCUCUGGCCAUUUUGGCCAUUUAGGGAAGGAACCAGCAGCAGCAGCAGAAGAGCUUUCCCUUUCUCUCUCUUUCACUCUGCUUUUCAAAUCCUUUCUUUUUUGUUUUUUGUUUUUGUUUUUU